CUGAAGAGAUACACAGAGAUGGAUAGUCAUUAUGAGUGCUUAAAUGGACUCUGUCUUGACUUGGAGAGGGAAAUUGAAACCCAAAGAGAGCUUUCAAUUAGAGUAAACGCAAACCUCUCACUUCCACAUCCACAAACCAGACAGAUUCAGAAACUUCUCACUGCCAACCAGAGAUGUUCCCUGGAGUUCCACAGAGUCAUGAAGAAACUCAAGUAUGUGUUAAGCCAUGUUACAAAGAUAAAGGAAGAACAACAUGAAUCCAUCAGUAAACUUGAAAUGGUUUUUAUUGAUGAAGUGGAAAAGCAAAAUGAACUGCUAAGUAAAAUGCAGCAUCUUCAACAAGAUGAUGAUGUACCAUCCAGAGAAUUAGGGGACCUCCAGUUGAGCCAGAAAAUGGAUCUACAUAUUGAGGAAAUUCUCAAAGAUUUUUCGGAAUGUGACUUCCACAGCGUAAAGAUGGAAUUUCAACAAGUACUGAGUAAUAGGAAAGAAAUGACCCAGUUUUUGGAAGAGUGGUUGAAUACUCAUUUUGAUACAGAAAAGCUUAAAAAUG